AUGCAGGCCGUGUCCAAGUUCAUCUUUGGACCAUCACAAGAAGAGCGGGUGAAGAAGGUGCAGUCGCAGUUGAGGUCCGAACAGCGCGCGCUCGACCGCGAGAUGCGUCAGAUCGACCAAGGCUCCACCAAGACAAAAGCGGAGAUCAAGAAGCUCGCCAAGAAGGGCGAUGUGAAGAAUGCAAAGAUCCUCGCGCGAGAAGUCGUGCGUGCCUCGAAACAGAAGAACCGACUCGCAGUCUCCAAGGCGAGACUCAACAGCAUCCACAUGCAGCUACAACAUCAACUCGCCAUGUACAAGGUGACGGGUAGCAUGCAAAAGUCGACCGAGAUUAUGAAGCUUUCGAACCAGCUCGUCAAGUUGCCCGAGGUAUCGGCAGUCAUGCGUCAGAUGAGCGCCGAAAUGACAAAGGCGGGGAUUAUGGAGGAGCUCAUGGAAGACGCAAUGGAUUCGGGCGUGCUUGGCGAGGACGAAGACGAAAUGGAAGAGGAGGCGCAAGGAGAGGUCGACAAGGUGCUCUACCAACUCACCGACGGCAAGCUCGGUCAAGCCUCCACCACCGACCAUCUUCCCGACCUCGCCGUCGAAGAUCCAAAGAUCAACGAGGAACAGGAACAGCAAGAUAUGCAGCGCAUGCAGGCCGCCCUCGACGGUCUCCUCCGUGGCUGA